AUGGCUAAUAAUAAUCGACACACGAUUAUUCUGAUCCAAACAUCUCAGAACAGAGCAACCAGAACUUUCAAGGAUUAUAACACUGUAUCUCUAGCUAUGGAUGGCAUAUGUGCAAUGUAUGAAAGAAAGCUGAAGGAGUUGAAUCCAGCCGUCAGAAAUCUCUCUUAUGAUAUUACGGAUCUCUACAACUUCAUAGAUGGGCUUGCUGACUUGAGUGCUCUAGUUUAUGACAAUUCAAUUCUUGCUUACUUGCCGUAUGACCGAGAGUGGAUUAAGCAACAGACCUUUCAACAUUUGAAGAAAUUGGCUCAUUGA